AUGAAGGUUCGAGUCCUUUUAAGAACAUUUUCUGCUCGUUCAAAAGGCUCAGAAUUGGAUUAUCGUUUCAUUCCAGAACCAAACAUUCCACCCUUAAAAAUUGAAUCAAAAAUGUUGAAAGAGGCAAAAGAAUCAAUUUUGUUGGAUUUCCCAUAUUUGGAUUUAAUUGAAAAAUAUAAAUUCCCUCCAAAUUUUACAAUGGAAAUUUUGAAUUGCAAAAAAUUGGAAAAAUUAAUUCAAAUUUAUCUUAGUAUUGGACCUCCAGUUCCAUUUAAACACUUUAAAAAAUGGUUAGACGAAUUAAGAUAUUUAUGUGAAAAAAUAUAUAUUAAUGAAACUAAUUAUUUUCCUCCUACAAAUAUUAAACUUCUUCAUUGUUUUGCUCAAAUAGUUCAUUUGACUUAUUCGGGAAAGCUGACUAAUUUAAUUGCAAUUGAUUUAAUGAGAGAAUUUGCAGAGGCUGGGGAGGGAGAGGAAGACAAUGAUUACAAUCAACUUGGAGAGGAAAUUAAAGAGCUGAUAGAAAAUCGCAAUCUUUGGCGCAUUACAAAUUCACAACAAAUAGAUAAACUAGUUUUGGAUGCCGUUUUGGAUCACACACCAGAUUUUAUAGAUAAUAUGAUUGCUCAAAAAUCAAAACAAAGAAGUAAACCCUUUGCAAAAUUAAAGAGAGAAAUUAUUGACAGAAGCAAUAAAAGAAUUGCUCCAGAAGAUGUCGAUAAUUCUAUUUGGAGGGUGGUGGAUUUGUCAGGUAUAGAGAAAGACAUCCCCUCUCUUUUUAAGGAUUAA